CACUACUGUAGCAGACAAAUAAAGGCAUGAGAACACACAGUGGCAUGAGAAAUGAGAAUACACAUGUUUUUAGAAUAAUUAAGAUAAUGUAAUAUUGUGACCACUGAAAACAUUGGAAGUUCACACAGUCACCUUCAUACUACUCGUUCUGAGUGACGCUUGGCUAGCUAGGUAAGGUAGCUAAGCAAGCUAGACGUUUCAACCUCAUUCAUUCAUUUCCAUUGAUUCAAUUCUCUCUCUCCUCUGAGCCUAUCUGCUCUCACUUCAAUUCCCAAAGCCUAGCCUUAACCUACACCUUACAACCCAACCGGCUGUCUUUUUCCCCAAUGACAUUUAUGCCCUUCUACGUUACUACGCUCUCUUUCUGUCAUUCCCGAGAUAACAAGACUAUUAUGGGCUUAGGAAAGAGUAGAAAAAUCAACGUUAAUCUUAAAUCUACUAGUAUGUGUGCACCAAAAUCAAUGGCACGAAGUGGGGGUGGGGGGCCAUUUGGGCAAUAUUUAUUAUUGUCUUUCUCGUAAGAAAUUCUACACGUCUUGGAACGAAGACGACGAAACCUAAUUAGCCUCUCUCUGUGCCGCUAACCGCCAUGUUUUCAGAGAUGUUCUGCACCAAAAACAAUACGCAUGUUAAUCCUCUCUAUCAACUCUCAACCAUUUUGUUUCUCCCUACCUAUCUACUACUCUAUAAAAAGAGUGAGUGCUUCACAAGCCAUGGGAAUAAUAGUAAGAGCAUAGUAGUAAUUACUAGUAAUAAUAAAAUCAAAUACUCCAGUGGCAUUGGCAUUGAUAAUAGGAUUGUGAUGGAGAGUGGGAAUAAUAAUGAUGAGGAGUUGGAUAUGGAGAUGGAGAUGGGAGGGAGUAAUGUAAAUGGAAAUGGGGGGGUUGCAGGGAGUAGUUCGCGGUGGAACCCUACAAAAGAGCAAAUAAGCAUGCUAGAGAAUUUGUAUAAGCAGGGAAUAAAGACUCCCAGUGCUGAGGAGAUACAGCAGAUAACUGCUAGGCUUAGGGCGUAUGGUCACAUCGAAGGAAAGAAUGUCUUCUACUGGUUUCAGAACCACAAAGCUAGGCAGAGACAGAAGCAGAAGCAAGAAACCUUCGCUUACUUCAAUCGCUUUCUUCAUACGCCUCAACCAUUCUUUUCUCCGCCAAUUUGCCCAAAUGCCAUGUGUGCCCCAUAUUACAUACCUCAGGCACAGGGUGAAAUUGGGUUUUAUCACCCACAUCCAAAGGUGCUUGUACCCGUAGGUUUUAGGAGGAGCCCCUCUGAGAAAGUUGUGCCCACAGGCAUGCAUCAAAUGCAACAGAGAAUCUCGGAUUGCUGUAACUCUCACUACAGUAACCAAGAAACGUUGGAUCUUUUCCCUCUGCACCCAACUGGCAUUUUGGAAGGGAAAACGACAACAACAACAGACCAGGUGCCUUCUCUGGCUUCAGUUUCUGCUGAUAGUUCCACUGAUACACCUUCUGCUGCGGCUUCUCCUGAUCAUAUCAAUGAAGAUCAUGAUCAUGCUUCCCCACUCAACCAACCCUUCUUUGAUUUUUUUACUACUUCUGGACAAGGUUCUUAUUAAGAUAUAGAGACUUAUUUAAGUAAUGUUAUUCGCUAAAACUUCCAACAUGCAACUUUGAAAUGGGUUUAUGUCUUUCGGUUUAUUGUAAUGAGAUUGGUGUCUUUUUCUUUUUU